AUGUCCGAAGACUACUGGGACCCGGCCGCCUUGCUGCGCAUCGGCCGCGGACGCGGGCCCGGCCGUGAGGGCUACUCGUGCCUCGCCCUGUCCUCGGCCUGUGACACUGCCCACCGCGAGAGGCGCCCCAAGAUCCUCCGUCUGCUUAACCAGCUGUCCCGCUCACGCCCAGAGGCCGCCUCCAGUGUCAUCCUCGACCAGCUAGCCGGCCUCUGCCUCUGCACCGAACAUGAGGAGGACGCCCCAGAGGUCGUCGCCGACUGGGAGUCCAUCAUAGACCUAGCCAACCAACACCACCGGCACCUACUACGCUUUGAUCUGGCCGAUAAGCGCGCCGAGAUUGAGGCUCUACGCUCAAAGCUCGACUGGGUUAACCGUUUCCUGACAUGGAAGAAUAAAGACUUGGCCGACCAGCUCGCCCAGCAAGGGUGGUCAUCCCAAGUCGACGAGCACAAGGGCAUCAAGGAGAUUUCCGAGCUGAGGCGCUCCAACAAAACCCUGCAGGCCAAGGGCCAGCAGUUCCUAUCAGCGCAGGACAGGCUCGACCAGGAAAACGCCACCCUCAAGGAGGAGCUCGACCAGACGAGGGAGGAGGCAAACUCACUACGGGAGGAGCUCGAGGCGCUGAAGCAAGAGCUCGAGGAGGAGAGGGCAGGCGGCAUGGCGCUGCAGAAGAGGGCCGCCGGCCUGGAAGAGCUGGUGCAGAGCCUGCGGGAUGAGAUAUCAAGCUGCUGGCUGCACAGCUUCCUGGCCUGGCUGCGGCGGCUGCAGGCCCUCUCGCUGGGCAUGUUUUCGGUGUUUACGUACAAGGAUUGA